AUGGCCCUGACCGACAUACCAAAAUCUGAAUGGCAUGAAUUCUAUCCAUGGGCAAAAGAAGUACUGCCUCCUGAUAUGCCAGACGCCCUUGGACGAGUGGUAAAGAUUGUGAUGUUUGUUGAUGCCUCACAUGCUUCCAAUCUUGUUACACGUCAAUCCAGAACAGGUGUUCUUAUCCUCUUAAAUCAUGCACCGAUCGUUUGGUAUUCAAAGAAGCAGAAUGCUGUCGAAACAAGUUCUUUUGGAAGUGAAUUUGCUGCAUUGAAGACUGGUGUUGAAUUGGUUGAAGGUCUAGUAUACAAAUUGCAAAUGAUGGGCGUACCGAUUGAUGGCCAUUGCCAUACUCUUGUUGAUAACAACUCUGUUGUGAUUAUCGCAAGACGCCCGGAAUCUGUCUUGAAGAAGAAAAGCAAUUCUGUUGCUUAUCAUUAUGUUCGUUUGAAAUGUGCAAGUGAUCUCAUUCGAGUUGCUUGGGAUGGAACCAAAACAAAUCUUGCUGAUAUGUUAGCAAAGAUUCAUACUGGUAGAGAACGUGCUCGUCUGGUGGAAUUUAUUAUGUAUGAAGAAGACAAAAUUCCGAGAGUGGUACAAUCUGCCAUCAAAGCUCUGAAUUGUGCUUUUUGGUCUGCCUCCACACUAAAGCCGAUGAAUCGCCUUUGCUUUGAGUGGGCAUGGUCAUCCUUGGACUGUGUCGGCUUGGCGUCCUCCACGAGAGGUACCUGCAUUUUAUGUUAUUGUUACAAUGUUUCUUGA